AUGAAGUCAUCUGGAAAAAAAAAGAGGAGGGAUAUAGAAUACGAUAGUUGUAUAGAUUUUGAAUAUUUGUAUAAAAAAAAAAAAAAUUAUAAAAAAAAAUAUUCUAUAUAUAGGGAAAAAAAUUAUAGUGAUUCCGAAAUAUAUAAUAAAAGAAGAUUUCAGAUAAAAAAACAAAAUAGAUAUAUAUAUAUACAUAAACAUUAUAAUAAAGAUGAUAAAAAAUAUGAGAAUAAAUUAUGUUUGCUUGAUGAUGUAAUUGUAUAUAAAAAUUAUUUUGAUAAAUAUGAUGAACAAAACAAUGAAAAAAUAAAAAAUUUAAAAAACAUUUUAAAAAUAUAUGAAAAUGUAUCAAAUAAUGAAAAAAAAAAAUUAUAUCAAAUAAUAAAAUCUUUUUCAUAUACACAAGGUGGGUUUCAAAAUAAUAAAAUAAGACAAAAGAUAUGGUUAUUGUUACUUGGGUUUAAUAUAAAUUUAUCAAAAAAUAAGGAAUAUAAUGAACAUCCAAUAAAUAUAUUGUGUAAAAAAUAUAGAAAUAAAUUUAUAUAUAAUAACUUUUCUAAUCAUUUUAAAUUGAUAUGGAAUAAAUCACAGCAUCAAGCAUGUAUAACAUCUUCUGUUACUUCUCAUGUAAGUGAAACUAUUUCGGAAAAAAAAAAAAAUCAAAUUUGUAGUAAAAAUUAUAGUCAAAAUUCUAGUCAAAUUUGUAGUAAAAAUUCUAGUCAAAUUUCUAACAAAAUAUCUAGUCAAAAUUCUAAUUUUGAAACUUCAAAAGAUUCAAUAGUAAAAACUAAUUCUGAUAUCGAUCGAAAUGAAAAAUCGGAAUCAUUAAUUAGUUUAUUCGAUCAGAACAGGGGGAAUGGCAUGCCGAAUAAAAAUGCGGAAAAUGACAUGCCAAAAAGAGGUAUCAAUAUAAUUUGUAAUUCGGGUGAGCAAGUUGACAAUGUGAUUAAUAGUGAUAUGUGGAAUCCUGAUUUCUCAUCUAUGUGUUUACGAAAAAGAAAAAAAAAAUGCAUACUCGGAAGGAGAAAUAUAACAAAUAGUUUUAUAUCAGAAAAAAAAGAUAAAAAUGAAAAUUUGAUUAAUAUAAAAAAAAAACGAAAAAAAAAUAACACAGAAUAUAGCAAAAAAAAAACGAAUGAAAUAUUUGAUCAAAGAGAAAAGAAUAGUAGAGAAAUAAAAUGUACAUAUUUAUUUGGAAAUAAUAAAAAAUAUCAUAAAAAUUUUUUGUAUAAAUAUAUUUCACCAAAAACAAAUACCGAACUUGGUUAUUCUAUUAAUUUAUCUAAUUUAGAUGAAUAUUCUUCGGAAGAGUUUCAAAAUAAAAAAUUUUCUGAUGAUUCAAAUAAUUCUAUAGAUACAAUAGAGAACAAAAGUAGUACAGCAUCGACAUUAUUAUCACCUAAUGAUGAUGAUGAUGAUGAUUGUUAUAAAUAUAAUAGUGAUGAUAUGUCAAAUAAUUUGAAUGAAAAAAAUAGUGAAAAGAAAUGUCCUCUUCGAUUUUUUUUAUCACCAAAAUCUUUUGAUUAUGAAUUUUUGAUGAAAAGAAUUCGUAAAAAAAAAGGAAGUAAUAAAUAUUCUAAAAUUCUAAAAUUAUAUUUUGAAAAAAAAAUAAAUAAAAUUAAAAAAAAGACAAAAUUGUCAUCUAGCAAUUUUGGUAAUAUUAAUAAAAAAACAAAAAAGUUUAUUAAAAAAAAUUCAAAACAAGUUGUAAAUUUAUUAUUAAAUUUUGAAGAAAGAAAUAAAAAUAAUAAUUAUGAUAAAAAAAUUAAUAAAAAUUUUAUAAUUAAAUUGUUAAAGAUAAUAUAUGAAAAUGUAUUAGAAGUGGAUAUAUAUAUAGUUGAUCAUAUUGUUAAUAAAUAUAAAGAUAGUAAUAUAAAAAAUGAUAUAAACAGAAAUUUAGCAUCUUUAUAUUUCCAAAAUAGUAUAAAAUAUAACUAUAAUUUAAAUAGUAAUUUAAAUAAAUGGCUAAUUGAUAGUGUUUUAUUAGAAGAAAAUGAGAGAAUACAAGUUAAAAAAGAUGUAAAAAGAAGUGUAAAUACCUGGAAUAUACAUAAAAAUGUUAUUUAUGAAAUUAAAAAAAAAUAUCAAUAUAUUUUAAAAAAUGUUAUCUGUAGUAUUUUAUAUAAGCAUUCUAAUAAAAUAUAUUAUGCCCAAGGAGUACAUGAUGUUUGUUUAGUUUUCUUAACUGUUUAUUGUCAUAAAUUUUUUAUGAAAUAUCAAAAAUAUGUUUUUUUAGAACAUUUUAUAUACAAACAUGCUAUAAAUAAAAUAUGUAGAGAUAUUUUUGAAAAAAAAUAUAAUCACAUUAAUUUACCAUUUCAUAAAAAAUAUAAAAAUGAUUAUAUGACUCAUACAAAUAAAAACAAUUUUGACGUUAAUUUUAUUCAUCCAUUUUCAUCAUGUUGUAAAUUUAAUGCACCUUCUGAAGAAUACACACAUUGUCAAACGGGUCUUGACGACCCAGCUUAUUCAAAUUUGUGGAAAAAAAAAAAAAAAAAAAAAUUGAUAAAUUCAAAUGAUAAAAAAAAUGGAACUACUAAUGUAAAUAUUGAUGAACAAAAAAAGGAAAAGGAAGACGAUCAAUAUGAUAUUCUUCAAAACAAUAUUAGUAAUAUGUUUUUAAUAGAAGAAAAAUAUAUUGAAAAAAUAUGUAUACUUAAUAAUAUCAAAAUUGAAAAAUAUAUAAAAUAUAAAAAAAAAAAAAAAAAAAAAGAAUAUAUAGUUUAUUUGCUUUGUGAAAGAUUUCUAUUAUUCUAUAUGAUAGAUUAUUUAACACUGUCUUUGGAUGUUUCAAUUAAAAAUACAUUUAAAGGUGUUGGGUUAUUAUUAAGAUAUUUGGAUGAAGAAGUAUAUAAUGUUUUUUGUAUAUUACAAAAUGAACAAGAAUGUGAAAAUAAAAAACAUAACAGUCAAUAUCGUAAUAAUCAAAAUAAUGGAAACUCACAAAAAACAUUACAAAAUAAAAAUGAUGAAAAAAACAAAGAUGAUAAUAAAACAGAAAAUAAGAAAAGUUCAUUACAACUUAGUGGAACAGAAUUUUUUUUUUGCUUAAGUUGGGUUGUUACAUAUUAUGCACAUGUCAUCACAGAAUUUAACAAGCUAGCUCGAUUAUUUGAUAUAUUAUUAUCAAAUGAUGGUGUUUUUAUUAUUUAUUUUACAAGUUCUAUUAUAUUACAUAAAAAAAAAGAACUAUUAGAAAUACUUGAUAAGAAAAAAAAAUAUUUAUUAUAUAAUAGCAUGUAUACAGAAAUACAUUAUAUAUUUCAAAAUUUAAAUUGGAAAGAUAUAAAUGUUGAACAUAUUAUUAACAAGACAUAUUAUUAUAUGACUCAUAAAAUAUCUUUUGAUAAAUUUUUAAAAGAAAUGAAAAAAAAAAUAGCAUUCCCACCCUUUUCUCCAAUAUACAGUUCACCAUUUAUUUUAUAUUAUUAUAACUAUCAAUCUCAACAAGGAGAAAAAAAAAACAAAAAAAUUCAAAGAUCUUUGAUAAAUUUUUAUAACUAUAGCCAUGGCCAAAAAUUGAAUAGGGGCCACGGCCGAGAUGAAGUUGAAAGAGGCCAAGUUGGAAAAGGCGAAGUUGAAAGAGGCGAAGUUAAAAGAGGUGAAGUUGAAAGAGGCGAAGUUGAAAGAGGCGAAGUUGAAAGAGGCGAAGUUGAAAGAGGCGAAGUUAAAAGAGGCGACGUUAAAAGAGGUGGCGUUGGAAAAAAGGGAAAUGUGUGUUUAUAUUACCCAUACUAUAUUUUAUACAAACAUAUAGAUAUAUAUAAAGAGAUAAUAAAAAAACAUAUACUUGUAGAAAUUUUUUUUCAAUAUAUUUAUUAUGAAUUUAUUAUAAAUUAUAAAGAAAUAUGUAAAAAAUAUGAUAUAUAUUUAACAGAUCAAUUUUAUGCUAUGCAAUAUAUUAAUAAUAAAAAUCAUGAUUAUAUUAAAAUAAUUAAAAAAAAAAAAAAAAUGGAAAAAAUUAUAUAUAAUAUGACUAAAAGUAUUACUUAUUUGUGUGCAGAUAAAUAUAGACAAAAAUAUUCAAAAAAAUUAAAACCGAUUUUUUUUAAUUAUAUAAAAUUAGAUAAUUUUUUACUUCCUUAUACAAAUUUAUUGGAAGCUGAGAAAAAUAAUUAUGAGACUGAUCUUUUUGAUUAUUUUUCACAAUUUAAUAAUAGUUAUUUUUUUUAUUAUAUAAAUAAAUAUACUAAAAAAUAUACUGGAAAAAAUGAUAAAGAUAAUUAUAUAGGAAUUAUUCCUCCUAUUUAUAAAUAUAUAAUUGAAGAUAGUAAAAUAAUGAAAAUUUGGGGACAUGACAAAAUAGAAUAUUUUAAAGAUAUUACAUACAAAAAAAAAAAUGGAAAUAUAAAAAAAACGAAAAAAAAUUUAAAUCAUAUUUAUUAUAUUCUUAAAACUUCGAUUCAUAAUUAUCCAUAUUCAAAUUUCUUUUUUAUAUUUUUUUUAAUAUCAGUAUUUUCAUCAUUUUGGUAUUUUCGUAGAUAA